UUUCAUAGGAACAUCGCAAAAGAUCUAUAUCAAAAUGCUAUUAAAAGAAAGUGGUUUUGUAAUGCCUGAGUGUCAUCAAGAAAAGGUCUGUUCAAAUUUUAACAUCACUUCAUCCUUAAGCUUUCAAGCAUCUGGCCUUGAGGUAUAAAGUAUUGAUGGCUGGAUUCAGUUUUAUUUUUUUAUUCUUGCCUUUGUCUUGACCCAGUAUAAUAAAAGUUUGAUCAGAUGUGUACUAUUUUUUGUAUGAUCUUUACUUCUUGUGCUUUGUCCAAGAAGCCUCUCUCUUAUGGCCAGGGUACCAUUGGUGGCAGCCAUGCUCUUACUGCUGGUGCUCUACUCUCCAGGGGUGUCCUCAGACCCCGUCCAGCACCUGUGUGGCUCCCACCUGGUGGAUGCCCUCUACUUUGUAUGCGGAGAGCGGGGCUUUUUCUACAGUCAAAAACAUCCUCACAAGAGGGACCUGAGAGAUCUGCUUGGGUUCCUGUCUAAAAGAGCCAAACAGUACCAGUGGCCGUGGAGGGCUCGGCCUGGCCAUGAUGAGCCCAAAGUGAAGAGAGGCAUCGUGGAGCAGUGCUGCCAUAAGCCCUGCAGCAUUCACCACCUGGAGGGCUACUGCGACUGACCCGUCACUCCACAACUAGUACCACUCAUAGCUUGUAAGAAGUCAAUUUCUGGCCCAAUACUUGCUGGCUAUGUCUUAUCAACUGAAGGAAAUAAAGCUUCAUGACCCAUAACCCAGGGCCCCUCUCUGUAAGGACGUGAAUUUGUGUUCUUUGUAGCUGACAGACACUGUUGUGUGGAUGAAACAUGGGUUGUAAAGGCUUUUUGCUGCGUUCCAACAUGUGGCUGCAGUACUUGAGUGCUCUCUACUGGCUGAGAAUGGGCAUGGCCAAGAGGAUCCCAAAAAAAAAAAAAUGUAUACAUAGCAUUUGCACAGGUCAAAAGUCAAUAAUUCUCAAUUACACUUUUGUUUUGUUGCGCAUUAAAAUCUGGCUUUAUUUACAAAGAAGAAAGAUUCAUAAACAGCUACCCUGCCUGAAAUAGUUGCUGAUAGGUUGCUACCCUAAGAAUUACUAAGUGCAGAGAUAAAAU